AUGGAUGACCUCGACUGCACGUCUGAACAAAAGUUGAAGGGGGCUAUGUCCUUGCUGAGGGAUGAAGCUUACCAGUGGUGGCUUACGGGAAAGUAUGUGGGUGCCAGCUAUGUGGACGCUCGUAGAAAGGAUUUUCUGAAUUUGGUUCAAGUUGAUAGAUCUGUGGCUGAGUACGAGGUAGAAUUUUUGCGACUUAGUCAGUAUGCUCGAGGAAUAGUAGCAACAGAAUACGAGCACCAUGUUCAAUUUGAGGAUUGCCUCAGGGACAGCCUCCGAGUGUUGAUAGCUUCAGAGAGGGAGCGGGACUUUGUCACGUUAGUAAAGAAAGCUAAGAUUACUGAGGAGGUAAAGCGGGUCAAGCGUCAGAAUCAGGAAAAAGAAAGGAGCAGAAAUAAGAGGGUUUUAGAGACCUCCACUUCUGAUCGGAGGCCUAAGAGAAAUGCCAGAAUAGAAGGGCCAAUUAGGGUUAGAGCCCCUGUUGCUGUUAUUGGAUCACAGCCUUGUGCGGGUUAUGGGAGCUACCAUCGGGGUGAUUGUUGGAAAAGGACUGGGACGUGUUUCAGGUGCGGAUCAACGGAGCACUUUGCGAGAGAUUGUCUACAGAGGUCUGGCUGA